CAAAGACAUGGAGAAUUCCAUUAGACCAAGGCUCGAAGACAUAGAGGAUGAAGAGGAUCUACUCCGUCUUCAGGAAGAGUUUAUCUCUAUGAAUUCUACACCUGCUGCAAAGGUUAUUCGACGGCCACCGCCCGUAUUUGGAUCAGCUCCAACACCUGCAAAGAUAGAGGAGGAGGAGGAUUUGGGUAUGCCCGAUCUAGAGGACGUUCCAGAACUCGAAGCUGUCCCGGAAAAACGACCAGAUAGGAAGAUGAAGAGUGGAAAGAAAAAGUCCCUGUUUGCUUCUCGUCGAGCUCAAGCUUCCAAUACUGCGGAGAGCGCGCCAAAGCAGGAGGAGGAGCCGCUCGUUACUAAACGCCUCAUUGACGUCAACUCUAUGCUGGGAAAUGUCAUCGGCACUGUAAAAGAAAGCAUCCCGGAACCGAAGAAAGAUGUGGUGAAAUUGGAUUUUGACCUAGGCUUCGCCAAUCGCGCUCGACAAUCCACUGGAUUUCCACAACCUGUACAUCGAAGCGAAUUCCGAAAGCGAAUGGACGAAAAACUCAACAAGGAGAAAGAUCAAGCAACCAUUUUAAGCGACCUACCAUCGAAGGAUGAUGAGGAGUUUGUGAACGAAAAGUAUCAAGAUAUCCACGAAGAGAAUACCAACGCCAUCAAUGCAAUGUCGGAGGAGGAUAUUAUCGCUGCUCGAGCACAAUUGAUGGCGUCCAUGGACCCGGCUUUGAUAGAAAAGUUGAUGAAGAGGAAGCCAAUGAGUGAGAGAAAAGAAGACACUCCAUCUGCUUCACCUAAUGUCAAAAAGGUACAGUUUUCUGAUACCAUCGAUACUGCCGCGGAUGUCAUGGAGGAAGAUCAUCCUAUCGCUAUGAAGAAGAAAUACUUUCAAAAUGUCGAGUCUGAACCUGAAAAGAUGAUUUGGAUGGGCAUUGGCGAGCAGCAGGAUCAAACGACAGAUGUACCCAGUUUUUCAAACGCUGCUGCGCAACUUCGAUUUGACUUUGCCGGAAAUAUUAUUACAGAUAAAUCCGUUCCUGUCCAUAAAGGUUUGCAUCACCAUGGGCAGAAUCCGAAUGAGGCUGGCUACACCAUCCCGGAAUUGUUCCACCUUAUGCGAAGUCAAGUAUCCUCUCAGCGAGUGAUUGUUCUCAAUACCAUUUCGCGCAUCAUACAGAAAACCAAACAGCAAGGUUAUGGGCGUUCGAUCUCUGGAAACAUUUGGUCUUUUAUUAUAUCUGAUAUGAAAGGCGCUACUUAUUUGCGAGCUGCUUUGGACGACAAAUAUACUGGAGCCGUUGCUGCUGCUAUCAACGCCCUUGCUUCUCUCAUUUGCAACGAUGAUGAUGAUAUUUCCAUGUACAAACAUCUUCGUUUUAAUUUGGAUAGAGGAUAUGAGAGGAUUUGGCAAAUCCCCGCAGGUGAAGUUGACAGCGCCACCUCUGCUUCUGGCCUGGAUAAAAAAUUUACCAAUGCGGUUGAUACUUUAAACAACACUUCCGCCGAUGAUGACACCGAGGAACCAGAAGCGAAUACAAUGGAAGCACACGCCAAAUUGGCAGAAAAGGACGUCAUAUCAGCCUUAGUACAGAUGAACAUAUUGCCUCGAAUUCGCUAUCUGUUGGAGCACAUGUGUCAACCUGGUGGGCUGGAUAGCUGGACCGUUAUGCGACUUAUUUCCAUUACUGAACGCUUAGCCAGGACCAGUGAUAGCAUAUGCGAAAUGAUUGCUGUGGAAGAGCCCAAGAUAGUCGACCUGAUUGUUAGCCAUGGUAUUGAAAACACACAAUGGCCCAUCAUUUCCUCCAGCCAGUCGUCCAAUAAGUCUAAUGUUGGUUGGCCAUCAUUGGAAGCGAUUCACUUCUUACACGCUAUGGCUGCUGCCAAAAAACAAAUUGCCAUCAGUGUUUGUAUCGAAACUGGUCAUGUUGAUAAUACGCUUCGUUUCCUCACUUUGUCUCCAUCCGCCAUGUCCGAUCCUUCAGCUGUCAUACACGCUUUUGAGUUACAAUUGGCAACGCUCGAAUUGUACCGCUUGCUUGCUGCUUAUGGUCUCUACUGCCAUGUGAUGGCUGAUCUGGCACCAAAAAUACCACUGUGGAUCAUGGCCAAGGAUACACUGGAUAAUGAAAAAUGGGACAAGGCGGCAGAACUAACCUACGCAAGAAGUAUCUCGGUGAUCGCGCUAUUAGAAACGUAUCUUCACGAUGCAUCCGAUACUCAUCGAACGCUGCCUCAACAUGAUAUCUGCUGGGCGCAACCAAUGGCUUUCCAUGAACUAAUUGUUUCCAUCCUAAAGAAGAGUGCUGCCGAUUUGGUGUCUAUUAGUACAAAAAAGGAUACGGAUCUUCAAGACGAUGCACAACUCAGCCUCAUAGCAGUCUCCAUUGGCUAUCUUGCGACGUGGUGUCGAUAUCUGGAUUCUAAUCCUCCCGCUGAUAAACAAAUCGUUGAGGAUACCUGGGUUGCUAUUGCUGAUAGCCUUCUUCAGUCGAGCUGGCUCUCGGCGUUGGAACGUCUUUUGGACCAUCUUGGACAGUCAUGGCCAAGCCGUCCACAACCUGUGCAGUACACCAACCUUUCCGGGAUAUACGGGCCGGACACUCUGGAUCACUACAAAUGCUUAAGCAAGAGAGAUAUUGUGCUUGAUGUUGUGGCUAGAUUUAGUCAGCUGCUGGGAUCAUAUGGUAGGAUUCCAUUAGCCAACAUCGCGCAACAAGCAUGUGAAUGGUUAAUACAUGAUCAGGUUGCACACAUUAUGAUCGACCAAAUUGCGAAACUCUAUCUCGGUGCACACCAUACCAGUUUCAGUUGGAUGGAAAGCCGACACACUCGAAAGUAUCCAGCUCAGACUGUAUGGUCACACCUUUAUUCUGUAACCAGUUUGACAUUGAGUACACGUGCAUUACCUAAAUCAACUAUAGAGCCCAUGUCGAUCUUAGCUGGUUUUUUCAUGCACAAAUCAUCCAGCGGAGAUGAGUGGCCAGUUCAAUGGAUUCUAAACCACGUUCUUUCAACGUCUUCAACGACUGAAAAGGAAAGCAAUGAUGAUGGUGUACUAUUACCGUUCUACAAGGAAUGUAUUGGGUCGGACGCUAAGUUGCAAGAAUCCAAAGGUCUGUUCUUACAUGAUGGAAGGUUCAUCGAAACCAUGGUGCAAAGCGGUAUUCAAGAUACUAAAAUACCUCAUAAUGUGUUGGCAUUGUUAUUGUCUCCCAUUGACGAGCUCUAUCACGCGGAUAAGUCGGAGAUACUUCGAGACUUGCCACAUGGCUACAAUGCCACGGAGCCUAAUAUUGUCACAGCAGCGUUGGACAAAACGCUUCAAAUCUAUAAACUGUUUAGUGGACACCAAGAUUUAACCACUGUAGCCGUUUCACUCAUGAAGCUGUUCCUUCUUGGCGAGAGAUCAGGUCGAAACGUCCAAGUGGAAGUGGGUUUUGGCCAUCCGGAGGAUGGACAAGACUUGUUCCGCGACAGCAAUGUGACGUUAAGAAUCCAAGAGUGGCUGAAUUGCAUGUCAGCUGCACAGCUGCAUGCAUCAUUGCAGGAAGCUUGGUCCGACAGUUCGUGUCAUGUCCGAAAAGCGGCUGUACCAUUUUACCAGUUCUAUCAGGACUUUGCCGCUCAAUACGCUGCCAUAUCUUAUGGUGAUCGCUCCUUUGCCAGACUCUUGUUGCUUCCGCUGAUGUCCAGCUGUCCAAUCGAUUACAAACAUCAUCUGUGGAACGAUUUGAUUGAUACCCUACCGACCAUUCGUGUCCCCAUCACGGACUUACUGGGAGGAGUUCAAGCGUAUGUACAGCCUCCUGAACAAAAUGAAAGCAUUUUGCGAGAUAUGCUUCUGGCCGUUUGCACGAGGAAAGUGUCCAAAGUCGAUAUGAAUGGUGGUGAAAAUGGUGCAUUGUAUUGGCUCGCGUUGCACCAUCUGAGAUUUGCAUAUUCCAACCAUACUACCCCACCUUCUCUUUUGCGAGACUUGCAAGUGUUACAGCCUCUUUUUGACCAGCCGUUUCCUUCGGAAUUAGCUAACACGAGUAUUUAG